AUGGCAGAGCCAUUCAAGCCCGACCGAGUUAGGGCGGCUGAGCCAGCCUCCAAAGACUCACCAUCAGGACCAAGCUUUUCGGACCUUGUCAAGAACCAGACGAAAUCACCACUAUCACUCAGCGAGUUCAUGGACUACCUCAUUUAUAUCGAGCACAACGCAGAGAACCUGCAAUUCUUCCUAUGGUAUUCAGACUACGUUCAAAGAUGGAGCAGGCUCCCUAGGAGACAAAAGUCCGCAUCACCCCCGUGGACCACAGACUGCGAAGACGAGGCGGAGCGUCUUCGCACUUGUCCAUUGGCUGCGCACAAGAGGGCAAACAGCGAAAAGAUGACCAACAUACUGGCCAUUCUCGACAGGGUAUCGGAAAAAGAAGAAUUCGGACCACCUUCUCGUAAGAGCAUCUCAGAGACCGGCUUAUCCGAACGUGGCGAGAACAAAGACUUUGUCACAUCAGUUCGACUCCAUGAAUACGCAAAACAACCGUUUAGGGAUGAGCUCACUAGAGUUGCGAGGACCUACAUUGAAAAAGGUGCGCCACGGCAGCUGAAACUAUCCGAUGGGGAUCGGGCUUCGAUACUCGAAGGCUUGCAGCAUACUACACACCCCACUGCCAUCCUGCCGGCGUUUACCAUGUCCAGCAACAUCCUCAGGGAGUUUUCCCAUCCGAGCUUCAUCAAAUGGAGUCUGUACAGAAAUGCGAACAAGCCGCGGAUCAACUUUACGCGUUCCAUGGCCGCAGUUUUUAUUGUUAUGGGCCUGGGAUUUGACGUCAUACUUACCGUCUCAGGUCUCUCAACGUACCUUCGUGUCCUCGGGAUACUGCUGCUGUGGCCUGGCAUCACCUGGCUUGCGGCGGCUGCAAAGGGGCUGUGCCUUGAACUGCACUUCCAAAGGCUACGGCAGCAACGUCCAUGGGAAGCGCAGCAACCCAAUAGAGAUUCCGGGCUGGAAAAUGCGGGCUUACAGGACCCCUCCGUUGAUGGGCACGACGGAACAGGAAAAGGGGCUUCGUUGCCAUCACACUCGAGGUCCCAGAGUUAUCAAAAUUCUUGGUAUGGAUGGCAAGCCAAAAACGACCGUCUCAGUCCCGACAGCAGCAACCACAACAGUCCCGCAGGCCACCGGCCUAGUGUCACUGUGAACGUCAGCGCCAGUGUGACGCACAGCGCGCGCACGGAAUACGACGUGGCCAGGCCUGUCUCCGUCGUUGGCUUCAGCACGGUGAUCACGGGGGGCCACGACAAGAGCAGAGGCCACGCGUCGACCGUCAGCGGCGUCGAUCCGCCGUGGAAGCAAAGCAUGCAGCCACUGGGCCCCAGCAACGACUACUCGCGCGAGGCGUGGUACAGGGAGGAGGGCGGCAGCAGGCCGUCGCUGCUCCGGAGGGUCUUUGCUGGGACCGUGGCGACCCGCAACAGGGAUCUGCACCUCAUGCAGGACCGUUUGGUCCUGCGAGCCGUCGUGCUGGGUGGCCUUGUUUCUGCUAUCAUCACGUGUGGCUUCUUGUUUCUGCCGGGCGGGAACUACCUCUCCGGAGUAGGAUCUACAAGUUAA